AUGGCGCCAGAGCGGACUCCCACUGAGACGUCGCCGUUGCUGGGUGAAAGCAACGGCAUUGCGGCUACCGGGGCGAUUGCUAGCCGCGAUGCGGAGUCAGGAGAGCCCAGACAGUGUGUAGAAGAUCAGGCGAAGGAGCCGUUUCCUGAUGCAAAGAAGCAGCUCAAGUAUAUUGUGCCUGCAAUCUCCAUAGGGAUUUUCCUGUCCGCAGCGGAUCAGACCAUUAUCAUGGCCAGCUAUGGCCAGAUUGGAAGUGAUCUCAAGGCCCUCAAUCUGACCAACUGGAUUGCGACUUCAUACUUCUUGACUUUGACUUCGUUUCAGCCUCUCUAUGGGAAGCUGAGUGAUAUCUUCGGCCGGAAGCCCUGUCUGCUCUUUGCGUAUGCCAUUUUUGGAAUGGGAUGCUUGUUCUGCGGUCUGGCUCGCAAUAUCAAUGAGCUAAUUGCUGCUCGUGUUUUCCAAGGCAUUGGCGGCGGAGGUAUGACCACCGUUGUCAGUAUAUUGAUGAGUGAUAUCGUCCCCUUGCGUGAUCGAGGUCUCUGGCAAGGUAUAAUCAAUAUCAUCUAUGCCACUGGGUCGGGCAUAGGGGCACCUCUCGGUGGAAUUUUGGCUGAUUAUAUUGGCUGGCGCUGGGCAUUCCUGGCGCAGUUUCCCAUGUGUAUUCUCGCGUUCAUUGCAGUCUCUUUGAUGCUCAAGCUGCCAGCCCAGGAGAAGUCCCACUGGAAAGACAAGCUGCGUCGCAUUGACUUCCUCGGGGCGGUCGUACUUGUUGGCGCUGUGCUGGGAUUUCUGCUUGGUUUGGACCGUGGCAGCAAUGUAUCGUGGAAGUUGCCUCUCACGAUCGCCUCGUUGAGCAUCUCGGUUGUCCUUUUCAUUGCCUUCAUCCUGGUCGAGAUCUACCUCGCAGCCGAGCCAUUCGCCCCUGGCCAUAUUAUUUUUAACCGGACUUUUUGUGCCCUUUAUGGCUGCAAUUUCUUCAGCUUUGGAGGAUGGUUUGCAGUGCUUUUCUAUCUCCCGCUCUAUUUCCAGGCCGUUGAUGGUGUCUCUGCCACUACAGCGGGCUUGCGCCUUCUGCCAUGUAUCCUAGCCGGUGUCUCCGGCUCUCUUUUUGCCGGCUUCUUCAUGAGGUGGACUGGGAAGUAUUACUGGCUGACUAUCGUUGCUUAUACUGCCCUGACAACUGGAUGCUUCACCAUUUUCCUGUUUUCAGGCGGUGCCGUCGCUAGCGUAGUCCCCCUGAUCAUCGGUACGGUCAUGUCGGCAUUUGGCAAUGGAAUAGGUGUUACGACCACUUUGGUCGGGCUGAUAUCGAAUGCAACUUUCGAGGAUCAAGCCGUCGUAACUGCUUGCUCAUAUCUCUUCCGGUCGUUAGGUUCCGUCAUUGGGCUUUCUCUAUCCUCAACCGUCGUCCAGCAGCUCCUGCGAGAGAGAUUACGAGACGGCUUGCGGAAUAGCAAAGAUAUCGACCGGAUCGUUGACGGGGUCCGAGAAAGUCUCGACUUUAUCAAGAAACUGGAUCCCGAUAUCGCCGCAAUUGUCCGCGGCUGCUAUGGAUGGUCAGUCAACAAAGGAUUUGCAUUCAUGGUCGUCGUUGUGUUCUUUGCAUUGUUCAGCGCCUGCUUUAUGCGUGAAGCCAAGCUCAGCCGCUAA